AUGCAGGCAUUCUACAGACUAACAAAUCCAGAUGGCCCAAACGGUUUAAGUGUUUUACAAGCCUUAGUCAUGAAAGGUGAUUUGUCAACGACGGAAACGAUUUUGAGGUUUAGCCCGAGUGGCCUUGACGUUUCCAUAGCACUUCUUACAACGGGUACAGCGGAUCUUCUUGUAUCUCGCAUGCGCACACUCGUUAACUUAUCCCUGAUGACCUGUUCUCCUGACCAGAUUCCUGUAAAGGAAAACUCAAACAGCGACGCUGCACAUGUAUUGUACAUUUUGAAUAAGACCGUGAAAAAUUUCCAAAGGAGAUCUCUUUUACGCGAAGUUGUCAGCAAGGGGAGUCUAAGCCAGCUGCAAAAAGUCCUUGCUCGAUGUACCAAACUCAAAGAAAACAGGAAAAGUUGUCUCGAGAAAACUGACCAGCGAGGUAGGACACUUCUCAUGUCGGCAUGUGCGUCUGGUAAGUCAGAGGUUGUGGAGUUUCUUCUUGGUAGUGGAACAAGGAUGGACCCUAGAGACAACAAACAAAGGACAGCUUUGCACUUUGCGGUGGCUAACAACUCCCUUGAUGUGGUGAAGCUUCUGGUUCGAGCUGGAGCUUGUAUUUACGACGAAGACGACUGUGGGCUCAUGUCACUUCAUUAUGCCUCUCAAAAUGGCCGUAGAGAGAUUGCUCUUUUUUUCAUCGAACAUGGAUGCGAUGUCAAUCGUCCCACAGGUGACACCUAUGAAGGUUCGGAAAGGAGCCUCACAGGCUGCACAGCCCUUCAUUUCGCAGCACAAAAUGGACAUAACGAAACAAUAGUUCUCUUGCUAAGCAAGGGUGCUGGGGUUGAUAGCGUUAAGUUGAAUGGUCAAACGCCACUUCUACUAGCGGCUGAAAGAGGUCAUGUGUCUACUGUGGAAUUACUUCUACAUAGAGGAGCUGAUAUCAAUGCCAGCGAUGUCUAUCAAAACACCGCUCUGGAAAUCGCAGUCCUCGCGAAGAAA